AACCGAGAUAAAUGGCCAGUAUCCAAAGCAGGUUUCAGAACACUGAAUGAAAUAUACGGGACAUUAAUUCUCUCAGACUGCAGAUCGCUGCGUUCCUGAGUUUCCUCUCGACUCACACUAAAUAACUGACCGUUAUUGUGAGAACAGUAUAUUGAGGUAAACAUGUCUACUGGAUCCAUAAGUGAUGUUGAUGAUCUAAAUGAGGCAGAGCUCCUGGAUUGCGACCUGAAAAUAGGAUCUGGUAAGGACUCUGGGACCUCAAACGAAAGCACAGAGGAGAGCUCCAAUUGUGACAGCGGCUCGCUUAAAGUCAAAGGGGUUUCGGGAAAGAAGCGAAAAACUAGCAUCAGGAAGACCAGUUUGAACGGAGUGUCACACGAAGGAAAGCAACUCCAAAGGAAUGCUGCCAAUGCCAGGGAGAGAUCUAGGAUGCGAGUUUUGAGUAAAGCGUUUUCCAGGCUGAAGACAACUUUGCCCUGGGUACCAGCGGAUACCAAACUCUCAAAACUGGACACCCUGAGACUGGCAUCCAGCUAUAUUGCCCAUUUGAGACAGGUCCUGGCCAACGACAAGUACGAAAAUGGCUACAUUCAUCCUGUCAACCUGACAUGGCCUUUUAUGGUUGCUGGAAAGCCAGAGAAUGAGCUGAAAGAAGUAAUGAAUACAACUCGGUUAUGUGGAACUACGGCGUCCUGAGAAAGAUGAACCCACGAAAAGGAGAGCUUCUUUAAUAUCAGGAACACUUUAAUCAAAAGAGAAACAAGCUCAGACUCACAGGGGGACCAUACCUUCAAUCAAAUUCACCCAACAACUACACAUUAUUUAAACUGCACAGGAUUGUUAUUGUGUAGGCCUUGCUGGUUCAAGUGCUGUUAAAUGUAUAGUUUAUAUUGUGUUAAAUGCUUUAUAAAGUGUGGGUUUGUUAUGUUGUUACAUGCUAUUAUUGAUGACGUUGACAGUCAUUGGUUGUACAAAUUCAUACAUAUAAAAUAUAUUUUCUCCAAACAAGUUUAUAUAUAAUUCUUGUAAAUAAACAUUUCUUUGUAAAGAAAAAAUGGA